UAGCUUUGUAUUUAUUAUUUAAAAGGUUGGGCACAUUGCAAUUUACAUUGUGAUUUCAUUGUGCUAAAUAUUUACAAUGCAGUGUACUCCUACUAUUCAGCGGCAAAUGAAAGACUUGAAAAUACAUCAGACUUGACCGCUUGUCACCGAAGAAACCAUACUGCAACAGACGACAAUCUCCUUUCAAAGGUGCGCUGUAAAUAGUCAGGAAUCCAAAUUCCCCUCACACAUUUGAUAACACGCACUAAACACGUUCGUAUGCAUAGGUGUACAUCCUCUCUUAAUCUAAAUGUUAGUUGAAAUUUAAAAUAUAUAUAUAUUUUCAUUUUACAUGAAAUGUUUGGCUAUACAGACCAUUUUACCUCAAAUAAAAUAACAAAUAAAUAAAACAAAUCGACGUUACGUAUCCACGUGCUAGCAGAAAAUGCGUCGUGGCUCAGUCACCGGGUGGAAUUGGAUAUCUUGGAGCAUUCUUAUAAAUGAUUUUGAGAUGGAGAUGCCUUGUCAGCAAUGCAUCACGUGUCCACUUUCUGCAUCUCUCCCGCCGGUGUUUGCAAAAGCCUGCCUCUAUGGUGAGCUCUAGUUUCGCCAUCGACUAGUUUACGCUAGCCACAUCCCCACCCUACUCGCACAGCGCUCGUAUUACCAGAAGCGUCUCGACAGAAGCUGCAAAGAAGUCUUAGCUACGGGAAGUAUGCUUAAAAUGAGCGAUAAGUAUUUUUUAAAUCUGGUUCUUCUCGGGUCGUCGUAUAUGUAUAUCACGCUUUUACUUAGGUGAAAUCUAAGAAAGCUCUUCAGGUGUUUUAUUUUCCCAGAUAAUUUUCAUUGGUAAAUAGCGUUUUCAAAGGCGCUGACAUGCCAGUUUUCCUCAGAGAAAUAACAUGAACGGCGCGAUUGUUGUCGUUUAUUUUAAAUGGUCAUGUAAUGCCAGAUAAUGCAAUUGCUGCGCGACGAGGAAGACACAGCACCUGUGCUGUUGAAACAGAGACCGUGAUUUUCUGUUCAGUUGCCUUUGAAUUGGAUUUCGUAGUUUCUUGACGUUUUUUGCGCACACCUUAGUAAAAACAGGCUAGGUAGUUGACUCGUAAACGUGUGCAGACGUGUGCAAAUUUCAGAGAGUGAUACGGUUUGCAAGGCGCGACCAAGUGUGCAAGGUGCUCUCGUUUCUGUGGUAGAUCUUGCUAUGUUUUCUAUUCAGCCAGACUGAGGAGCGCCUCCCUUCGUUUGAGACCCGAUCCUUAAAUGACCUAUUGCUGAAGACAUUGUGAUCUAUUGCCUAGAUCAUGGCAUGUGGCUCAUUUCAGAUUUAUACAAGCGCGGCGUUGAGGAUCACUAGAGAAAAUGGGGAUCAGGUCCAGAAAUGUUGGUAACGGUUCGGAAGAACAGAGAGACAAGAAGGCAGGCUUGCCCGGGGACUUGGACCAAGGGGCUGUGGCAGAUAAAGAUGGAGCCUUUUUGCUCGUGGGACCUGGCAGAGACGAUUUCAAAAGAGGGUCUCAGAGUAUUGGGCUUUUAGCUAAAACUCCCCUGGGGUACACUAGACCUGUAAAGCGGAAUAACAUCAGGAGGCGAAGAAUUCAGAAUCUGAUCUACGACGCGCUUGAAAGACCAAGAGGAUGGGCGCUGCUUUACCACGCAUUUGUAUUUUUGAUCGUGCUGGGGUGUUUGAUCUUGGCCAUAUUAACCACUUUUAAGGAGCAUGAAAAAGUUUCAGCACACUGGCUUGUAAUAUUGGAAACCUUCACGAUAUUCAUCUUUGGUGCGGAGUUUGUGCUGAGAAUAUGGGCUGCUGGGUGCUGCUGUCGGUACAAAGGAUGGAGGGGGCGCCUCAAGUUCGCCCGGAAACCACUUUGCAUUUUAGACAUCUUCGUGCUGAUCGCCUCGGUGCCGGUGGUGGCGGUGCGGAACCAGGGCAACGUGCUGGCCACGUCCCUCAGGAGCCUGCGCUUCCUGCAGAUCCUGCGCAUGCUGCGCAUGGACCGGAGGGGCGGGACCUGGAAGCUCCUGGGAUCCGCCAUUUACGCCCACAGCAAGGAACUCAUCACUGCCUGGUACAUCGGCUUCCUGUCCCUCAUCCUGGCCUCCUUCCUGGUAUACCUUGUGGAGAAGGAUGACAUCACCGCGGAGGUGCCGGGCGGCGAGAACCCCACAGGCCAGCCCACACCACAGGACUUUGACACAUAUGCUGACGCCCUGUGGUGGGGCCUGAUCACCCUGACUACCAUUGGCUACGGGGAUAAGACACCGAAGACUUGGGCCGGCCGGCUGCUGGCUGGCACCUUCGCUCUCAUAGGCGUGUCUUUCUUCGCUCUGCCUGCAGGAAUUCUGGGCUCAGGGCUGGCUCUGAAAGUACAGGAACAGCACAGGCAGAAGCACUUUGAGAAACGCAGGCAUCCUGCUGCUGGACUUAUCCAGUCGGCAUGGCGAUAUUAUGCCACCAAUCCUAUCAGGGAAGACCUCGUUGCCACCUGGAGAUUCUAUGAGACUGUCAUCUCCCUACCCUGCUUCAGGCAAGAUCAUUUGGAAGGAAUGGCAAGCCAAAAGCUGAGUCUUCUGGAGCGUGUACGCUUGCCCAACCCUCGUGUUCCCACAUCCAUGAAGGGGAAGCUGCUGAUGCCCCUGAACCCGGACUCCAUACAGGAGAGCCCCACCAAGGAGCCCAAGCCGGCAGGCUUCAGCAACCGCGAGAGGUUCCGCACGGCGUUCCGCAUGAAGGCCUACGCUCUCCGACAGAGCUCCGAAGAUGCUGGGGCUCCCCCCGACCCCGUGUGUGAGGAAAGGGGUUUCCCCCCAGAUAUUCUCCUGGAGGAGAUGAUCCCUACGCUGAAGCUGGUCAUCCGGGCUGUCAGGAUCAUGAAAUUCCUCCUGAACAAAAAGAAGUUCAAGGAGACUUUGAGGCCUUAUGACGUCAAGGAUGUGAUCGAGCAGUACUCUGCAGGGCACCUGGACAUGCUCUGCAGAAUCAAAUACCUCCAGACUAGAAUCGACAUGAUCUUGGCUCCCGGACCCCCGUUAACCCCAAAACACAAGAAGACUCAGAAAAUGCCAUUCACCUACCCAUCCCAGCAGUCUCCCAGACAUGAGCCCUACCUAGCCAAAGCAUCCAUGCCAGAGCCUGAAGACCAAAGCAUGAUGGGAAGAUUUGUCAGAGUGGAGAGACAGGUGGAGGACAUGGAGAAGAAGCUGGACUUCCUGGUGGACAUGCACAUGCAGCACAUGGAGCACCUGCAGGUGGAUUCUGGCGGCGCAGCACGGAUGACCAUGGAGCCCUGCGGCCCGGGCGGCGCCGACCUGGAGGAUCGCGGCUUCACCGAGAUCCGCCGCGUCUUCUUCAACUACGCCGAGGCCUGCCCGCACAUGUCCUACCAGGUGCCCGUCAGCAAGGUGGUGCCCUUCUAUAGCUGCCAGGAGGAAAUGGGUGGGGGUGGCCUCCCGGGCGGUGGCGCGGGCGUGGGGGCGGAGGGCAUCGCGGCCCACGCCGUCCCCACCUACAUGGAGCGCCCCACCGUGCUCCCCAUCAGCUCACUCAAUGACACCCAUGGGGGCUCGGGCUCGGAGGCGCACAGCUCCUACCGAGACCCCGGCUCCCAGGAGCAAGGGCGGACCAUGGGGCGGGACACAGACACGCCCCUCUCGCUGCUGUCCGUCACCCACGAGGAGCUGGAGCGCUCGCCCAGCGGGUUCAGCAUCUCGCAGGAGCGGGACGAUUUGACUUUCGGCACGGGGGGCGCCGGGGGCUCCAGCUGGGUGAAGGAGAAGCGCUAUCUGGCGGAGGGCGAGACGGACACAGACACGGACCCCUUCACGCCCAGUGGGCCCCUCCCUCUGUCCUCGACUGGCGAGGGCUUCCCUGACUCGGUGUGGAACACGCCUCCCUAACCCCGAAUGGGCUGGACGUGAAAGAGAGAGAGGAGCUUCCCCACCUGUCAACUGGUGGAUGGAACAAAUUUAAAAAAGAAGCGUGUAAAGUAUACAUAUGUUGUACAGAGCAUUCAUUGCAAAAUUAUACAAAGGAAAAAAAACUCACCCAAAGCUUUAUCGCUGCAAAGCAAAGAGCAAUGCAUGAGAUGCAUGCAAAUUUAGUAGUAGGCACUGCAACGUUCAGGUAAUGGAAAAAAAAUAUAUAAUUUCAACGGAAUACUUUAAAUGCUAUGCCAUUUUUGUAAUACUUAUUUUUUUAAGGGAAACAGAAUUUCAGUUUUUAUGCAUGGUUUGCAUGAAGCUGCACCAUUUCGGAACGGUUGAAUGUUCAACUGUGGUCAACAGCAUUUCUCCCGUUGUCUAGUUUGUGUGGCUUAGUAUGUUUGGGAUGGAAAAAGACUGCGAAAAAAGUAUUAAUUUUUUUAAUUUUGUUUUUUAGCAUACGUGUUAUGGAUAAUUUGAGAGACUUCCAAACCUUUCUUAUAAGGUUACAUAAAGAUCUGAUAGCAUAUUCUAGAUAUAAUUUAAUUUUAGUUGCAAGAAACAGCACUUUGCAAAAGUCUUAUUGUAAAAUUCAAUAUUUUGGUAUGUCUUUAUUUGAUAAGUUGCCAAUAUACCUAAAUACCACUGUAGUUACUGUGUAACCUCUAUGUAAGUACUCCUUGCUACACAGCUGCUGUGGCAUGUGGAACGCAGGUAAUCUUUUCCCCAACCCAAAAUAAA